CGAACUUUAUUAUUCUAGCAUCACGACUGCAGGUUUCUGCUCAGUUUGGAGUUACUCGUGUCACCUCAACUGUAUGCCUGCUUGAAGGAGGUUUAAAAACAGGGAUUUAGCAGCACAAGGAGUCUGCAUGUCUGCGUAGACAUGCUCAGCUUUGUGGAUACUCGGAUUCUGUUGCUGCUUGCAGUAACUUCAUACCUAGGAUCAUGUCAAUCGGGUCCUACAGGAGAGAAAGGACCUCAUGGUGACAGGGGUCCUCAAGGCCCAAAUGGAAGAGACGGCCAACCUGGACUCCCUGGCCCCGAGGGCCCCGCUGGUCCCCCUGGACUAGGAGGAAACUUUGCUGCUCAGUAUGAUGGUUCAAAAGGUCCCGAUGCCGGCCCCGGACCCACGGGUCCACCGGGCCCCGGAGGUCCCCCUGGAUCUUCUGGACCCCCUGGAGCUCAGGGACACACCGGACACCCUGGUGAGCCCGGAGAGCCCGGACAGACUGGCGUUCUUGGUGCUCGUGGCCCCACUGGAUCCAUUGGCAAAUCUGGAGAGGACGGUAACAAUGGCAGACCUGGCAAGCCCGGAGACAGAGGUACCUCCGGCCCACAGGGAGCUCGUGGAUUCCCCGGAACUCCUGGACUUCCAGGAAUGAAGGGACACAGAGGUUACACUGGUCUGGAUGGACGCAAGGGAGAGAAUGGCGGUGCUGGUGCCAAGGGAGAGCAUGGUGCCCACGGAGCUUCUGGAAGUGCUGGACUGGCUGGAUCUCGUGGUAUGUCUGGUGAGAGAGGCCGUGCCGGCCCUGCUGGACCUACUGGUUCUCGUGGUGCUGAUGGCAAUCUUGGACCCUCUGGCCCUGCUGGUCCCCUCGGAUCUGCUGGUCCCCCAGGUUUCCCCGGUGGCCCCGGACCCAAGGGAGAGCUCGGACCUGGUGGUUCUAAUGGCCCAUCUGGAACUCAGGGAUCAAGAGGAGAGCCCGGCCCCAAUGGCGCUGUUGGCCCCCUCGGACCUGCUGGAAACCCUGGUGUUAAUGGCCUGAACGGAGCCAAGGGACCUGCUGGCGCCCCUGGUGUUUCUGGAGCUCCUGGCUUCCCCGGACCAAGAGCAGGACCCGGACCCCAGGGCCCUCAGGGUCCUGCUGGACAGAGAGGUCUUGCUGGAGAACCUGGUAUUCAGGGUAUCAAGGGAGAUGGCGGACCCAAAGGAGAGCCUGGUCAAUCUGGACCUCAGGGAGGCCCCGGACCUCAGGGUGAGGAGGGCAAGAAAGGACCCACUGGUGAACUCGGUGCUACUGGACCUGCUGGAGGCCGUGGAGCUAGAGGCUCUUCUGGCAGCCGUGGUAUGGGAGGUAGUGAGGGAAGAACCGGCCCCAUUGGCAUGCCCGGUGCCCGUGGUGCUACUGGUAAUGGUGGACCCCGUGGAGCCCCCGGAGAUGCUGGCCGCGCCGGUGAGACUGGCCCAGCUGGUCUCAGAGGUUUCCCAGGAAGCUCCGGAAGCUCCGGACCCCCAGGAAAGGAAGGACCUUCUGGUCCCGCUGGACAAGAUGGCCGUGUUGGACCUAACGGCCCUACCGGACCCAGAGGACAGCCUGGAAACAUCGGUUUCCCCGGACCCAAAGGACUUUCUGGAGAUGGUGGAAAGCCCGGAGAUAAGGGAUCUAAUGGCCCCACUGGACUGAGAGGUGGCCCUGGAGCUGAUGGCAACAAUGGAGCUUCUGGUGCUUCUGGACCUGCUGGCGGUCCUGGUGACAAGGGAGAGCAGGGACCUUCUGGAUCUCCUGGUUUCCAGGGUCUGCCCGGCCCCGCUGGAGGUGCUGGAGGUGCUGGCAAGUCCGGCGAGAGAGGUAUCCACGGAGACCAGGGACUUGCUGGACCUGGAGGUGCCAAGGGAGAGCGUGGUAACCCUGGUGCUGCUGGACAAACCGGAGCUCAGGGACCAUUGGGAGCCCGCGGACCUUCUGGAGCCCCCGGAACUGAUGGUGGAAAGGGAGAGCUUGGUGCUGUUGGAGCUGCUGGUGCACCCGGAAACCAAGGAUCUGGUGGCAUGCCCGGAGAGCGUGGAGGCGCUGGUGGACCUGGAGGCAAGGGAGAGAAGGGAGAGGGUGGACACGGAGGCCUUGAAGGAAACUCCGGCAGAGAUGGUAGCCGUGGUAUGGCUGGACCCGCUGGUCCCCCUGGACCCACUGGAGCCAAUGGUGAUAAGGGUGAGAGCGGUGGAUUCGGACCUUCUGGACCCGCUGGAGCUCGUGGAGGUUCUGGAGAGCGUGGAGAGGUUGGACCCUCCGGAGCCCCCGGAUUCGCUGGACCCCCUGGCUCUGACGGUCAGACCGGAGUAAGAGGAGAGCGUGGACCUGGUGGAGUUAAGGGAGAAACUGGCGGCGCCGGACCUUCUGGACCCGCUGGACAGUCUGGACCUGCUGGUCCUUCUGGCCCUGCUGGACCUAAUGGUGGCCGUGGAGAAAACGGACCCAAUGGUCUGACUGGUUUCCCUGGAGCUGCUGGCAGAGUUGGUGCUGCUGGUCCCGCUGGUAUUGUCGGCCCCCCUGGCUCCGCUGGUCCCGCUGGUAAGGAUGGUCCUCGUGGUCUCCGUGGAGAUUCUGGACCCUCUGGUCCUUCUGGAGAGCAGGGUAUGGUUGGACCCUCUGGUGUGUCUGGAGAGAAGGGACCCUCUGGAGAAUCUGGCCCCCCUGGUGCUCCUGGUAAUUCUGGAGGCGGUGGUCUUCAUGGAGCUAAAGGAUUCCUUGGUCUGCCUGGUUCUAGAGGAGAACAUGGUUUACCUGGUGGUCCUGGUGGUCUUGGAGCGCCUGGUGGAGUUGGACCUGCUGGUCCCUCUGGAGCCCGUGGCCCCUCUGGAAACAAUGGCAUGCCCGGUAUGACUGGAGCCCAGGGAGAGGCUGGACGUGAGGGUAACUCUGGUAACGAUGGACCCCCUGGCCGUCCUGGUGUUGCUGGAUUCAAGGGAAACCGUGGUGAGCCUGGAUCUGGUGGUCCAUCGGGACUUUCUGGUUCCCCCGGACCUGCUGGACCUAGUGGAGCUGCUGGCGGAGCUGGAAACCGUGGAGAGGGUGGCCCAUCAGGUCCCUCUGGAGCUGUUGGUACCGCUGGAGCUAGAGGUGCCGCUGGAGGUGCUGGAACCCGUGGUGAGAAGGGAGGUGCUGGAGAGAAUGGAGAGAGAGGCAUGAAGGGUCUGCGUGGACAUGCUGGUCUCCAGGGAAUGCCCGGACCUUCUGGACCAUCUGGUGACUCUGGAUCUCAUGGAGCUAACGGCGCUGCUGGACCCAGAGGACCUGCUGGACCCAACGGACCCUCUGGUAAGGAUGGUAGAGCCGGCGGCCAUGGAACUCUUGGAUCUCCUGGUGCUCGUGGACCCCCUGGAUACGUUGGACCUGCUGGUCCUCCCGGCUCUGCCGGUAUGCCCGGACCUGCCGGCCCCGCUGGUGGUGGAUAUGAGGUCUCUGGUGGAUAUGAUGAGUACAGAGCUGACCAGCCCUCUCUGAGAGCCAAGGACUACGAGGUCGAUGCCACCAUCAAGUCCCUCAACUCCCAGAUCGAGAACAUGCUCACCCCCGAGGGAUCCAGGAAGAACCCUGCCCGCACCUGCCGUGACAUCAAGCUCAGCCACCCCGAGUGGAGCAGCGGAUUCUACUACAUUGACCCCAACCAGGGAUGCAUCAGUGAUGCCAUCAAGGUCUUCUGCAACUUCGACACCCGCGAGACCUGCAUCCAUGCCCAUCCCGGAAGCAUUGCCCGCAAGAACUGGUUCAGAAGCUCCGAGACCAAGAAGCACGUCUGGUUCGGAGAGACCAUCAACGGUGGUACUGAGUUCACCUACAAUGAUGCGACCCUCAGCCCCCAGAGCAUGGCCACCCAGCUUGCCUUCAUGCGCCUUCUGUCCAACCAGGCUAGCCAGAACAUCACCUACCACUGCAAGAACAGCAAUGCCUACAUGAGUGAGGAGACCGGUAACCUGAAGAAGGCUGUGGUUCUCCAGGGAUCCAACGAUGUGGAGCUGAGAGCCGAGGGCAACAGCCGCUUCACCUUCUCCGUGCUGGAGGAUGGCUGCACUAGACACACUGGUGAAUGGAGCAAGGCAGUGAUUGAGUACAGAACAAAUAAACCAUCUCGCCUCCCCUUCGUCGACAUUGCACCUUUGGACAUUGGUGGAGCUGAUCAGGAGUUUGGUUUGGACAUUGGCCCAGUUUGUUUCAAAUAAAUAGACUCAUGAUAAAUUAAACACCAAAAAGAGAGAAAGAACGAAAAAACAAAAUCUUUGCCCAUCUUUCUGUGUUGUUUUUUUUUAUACUGAAUGCUGAUUUCCCCCUGCACAUCCACUUGCUUAAGAUGAGCAACUAUCUGAGAGGACUGAACGGACUGAAUUGAGCGUUUGUGCAAUGCAAAUUAAUACAGCAACCCAAAGGGACGCGGGAAAACAACUUGUUGUGAGACAUCAUGUCAUCCUUUUGUAAAAAAUAAAAAAAGUGUAAUAAAGACGCUGAAAGUAUGCAUCAAUUUGUGGUCUUUGUAUAUCUUCCAAAGAGGAGGUUUAAAACCACAAUUUCCAUGAAAAAAAGGUUUAAGCUACCUCAUGCCUGUACUCAAAGAAAAUACUUUUGACAAAAGCUGGGUCCACAACCGAGAUGUUAAGGCUUCAAUGCUUCAAGCUUUGUCCUGUUUCGGAAGGUGCUCAGUUACUUGAAGCAGAGAUCUAUGGUGCUAAUAUGCAGCUGCGGAGCAAACCACUUUUUACUGUAUUACUUUGUAUUGACAUUUGAGGAGUCUUGCAUUGGUCUCCUGAUACUCCCCCAUUUUAAGCAGGUGGAAUGUUCCUAAAUCUAAUGUCUGGUUUUUGUUUGUUUUUGUUCUUUUUUGUUUUGUCAAGAAGGUUUUUUUUUUUGUUUUGGUUUUUGUUCAGGCUUUUUUACUCUUCAAUCCCCACACCAAGUGUUCAUACUGACAGCACAUAUUUCAUCCAAUUCUGAAUGGUUUUAGGCAGCCUCUCUCUCUCUUAAAAAAUGAAACCACAAAGUCUAUUGUACCUAUUUUGUAUAUGUGAGAUGUUUAAAUAAAUUGUGAAAAGUUCUGAAAUAAAGCAUGUCCAAUGUUCCAAAACACACUACUCAGUGACUUAAGUGCUUUCAUGUUUUAAUGACACCAUUGAAGGUUUGUCACUGUAUUUCGGUUCUAGUUUGGCUGAUGAUGACAUCAUCAUUAAUUUAAACAUCUUCCUAUUGUGGAAGCACAGCCAUAUUAUUUUUUACUUUCCCCCUCUUUAUUGCUUUUCAACAGUACAUCCACUUUUAAUGUACAGAACAAUUCUGUUGACACUGUCCAUGCCAAUGUGUGAUUACUAACGUGCAUUGUUUCUUGUAAAUAUGCAUCCUAUGAUGUUGCUUUUCCUUGCUUUUGCAUCCAAAUAAAUUUCUGUGAUUUGGA